AUGGUAUCACUUAAUCAUGAUCUUGAGAAGACAUAUUUGAGUUCUGAUACAGUUUGUAUGUCUGUUCAUUCUUUUAUGGUAUUGGAGCAUGUGCACACAUCGGAAUUCCUAAAUAGUACUAAUUGUUCUGGAAUUCCAAAUCACUCAAUCACAUUGAAGGUAGGUGUACCAAUAAUAUUAUUGAGAAACAUAGAUCAAUCAUUAGGAUAUUGUAAUGGAAUGAGGUUGAUCAUCACAAGACUUAGAGAUCUGAUUAUAGAAGCUAAGGUUUUAUCAGGCAAAAUGGUAGGUGAAAACGUGUUUAUCCCAAGAAUAAGUUUGACACCAUCUAAUGCGAGAAUACCUUUCAAGUUUCAGCAAAGACAAUUUCUCAUCGUUGUCUCAUUUACUAUGACCAUCAAUAAAAGUCAAGGCCAAUCAUUGUCUCAUGUUGGGUUAUUUUUGAAGAAAUCAGUAUUCACCCAUGGACAAUUGUAUGUUGCUCUUUCACGAGUGACAAGUAGGAAAGUGUUAGAGAUUUUAGCCUUCGAUGAUGAAGGAAAAAUAACAAAUGAGGUUAAAAAUGUAGUGUACAAAGAGGUUUUUCAUAAUUUAGUUUGA